CGAUCGGUUACAUCACUGGCCUUAAUGCCGCCAUCACUUGGGGAGCUCUGCGGGGAGAGGCUGGAGAUAACGCACGCGAAGCCAAACACGACACCACCGAGCUAGCACCAGGCGACACCACCGGAGCAGAACCAAGAAAGGAGGAUCGACAUGGGCGACGGAGCGGCGGCCGCGCCGAGCAGGUUCCGUACGAUCUGCGUUUUCUGCGGCAGCAGCGCCGGCCGACGCAAGGUGUUCGGGGACGCCGCGCUCGAGCUUGGCCACGAGCUGGUGAGGAGGGGCAUCAAUUUGGUCUACGGCGGCGGCAGCAUCGGGCUGAUGGGCGUGAUUGCGCAGACGGUUCACGACGGCGGCUGCCUUGUCCUUGGUUGGUGUUUUGUUUGCUUUGUUCACAGUGUGAUUCCUAAAGCGCUCAUGGCUAUUGAGAUAUCAGGUGAAAGUGUGGGAGAAGUGAAGGUUGUAGCUGACAUGCAUGAGAGGAAAGCUGAGAUGGCUCGACAAUCCGAAGCGUUCAUCGCUCUUCCAGGGGGAUAUGGAACAAUGGAGGAGUUGUUAGAAAUGAUAACAUGGUCCCAACUUGGAAUUCAUGACAAACCAGUUGGGUUGUUGAAUGUCGAUGGUUACUACGAUCCGCUGCUUGCACUGUUUGACAAAGGCGCGACGGAGGGUUUCAUUAAUCCUGAUUGUAGGCAAAUAUUUGUUUCUGCACCAACUGCAAAUGAACUGCUGACAAAGAUGGAGCAAUACACUCGGUUGCACAAGGAGGUAGCCCCAGCAACAAGCUGGGAGAUUUCAGAGCUCGGCUACGGGAAAGGCGCACCGUCAGGCUCCUAGCAGUUGCAUUUCCUGAAGUGGAAGCUCUCUAUUGAUUUCUUUGUUUACCGCCAUCAUUUCCUGAAAUGUUCUAAACUGUCCAACCUGGGUAUCGGCGCGGGAGGCGAGUUCUUGUCCAAUCAAGAAGUUGACCUUCCUCGUCGCCAUUCACAAUUUGAAUUUGGAUUGCUUGGUUAUGUAAGCUACUCCUCUUUUGA